AUGCUUCUGCUUCCAAAGACCUUCAUUCCGGCUUUCUGCCUUGUCUAUCUUGGAGCGGCUGCCGCCAUCCCAAAGGCCAUUGAUGCAUCAGUCGAGUCUACGCAGUUCAAGCGUGAGGUAGACAACAAUGGCUACACCUUGACCAAACGAGGCAACGAUGACAGCCUUUACAAGAAGGACGGUCUCUACAAAAAGGGCGAGAAUGAAGACAGCCUAGAAAGGAAGGAUAGCCUUUACGACAGCGUGUACAAGAGGAACAGUUUGUACGAAAUUCUCCACAAGAAGCGCGAGGAUGAAAAUAGGCUGUACAAGAAAGAUGGCGCGUACAAGAAGGCUGAGGACGAGGACAGUCUCUACAAGAGAGACAGCCUUUACGGGAAGGCAAAAAAUGCGGACAGUGUCUACAGGCACUAG